CACCGGCUCUUCUGACUGACACAUCUCCGGGAUUUUAACCAUUUUUAAAAAAUAUAUAUAAUUUGUAAAUUAAUCCAAAUUAUCUUCAACUCGUUUAGCUCUUUUAUUUUUGCCACUCAAACGGUUUGUUGUUGUUUUUUAACCCGUGGUUUCAUUCGUUUUAGAAUCAAAACGUUGAUUUUCUCCAGGAUCUGUUGAGGUUUUUGUGAAGAAAGUCCUCGGAUUUGUUCGUUUUGAUCCUUUUUUCCGACCUCUGCAGGAUUUCGAGCCUCUCCCUCCUCAAAGCUCAGAAGAUGCCAGGUGACAAACAGCCGGGAGCCGAGAUGAGGUCCCUGAGUGUCGCUCGGGAUGAUGACAGCAGCAGCAUCAACAGCAACGACUCUCCGUACUCCGACUUGAUGAAGAAGGUCCCUCUGGAUGGCCAGUAUCCAGAUGUGGAUGCAGAAAGCCAAAACUUCCUCCCAGAAGUGAACCCGAACAAGAAGAAGUAUGAGGCGGAAUACCAUCAAGGCAACGCCUCCUUCGGGAUGUCCGUCUUCAACCUGGGCAACGCCAUCAUGGGCAGCGGCAUCCUGGGUCUGUCCUGGGCCAUGGCCAACACCGGCAUCGCCCUGUUUGUGGUUCUCCUAGUGGCCGUCGCCAUUUUCUCUUUGUAUUCUGUCCACCUGCUGCUGAAAACGGCCAAUGAAGGAGGUGCCCGCGUUUACGAGGAGCUGGGCCACAAAGCCUUCGGGAUGCCCGGCAAACUCGCAGCCUCCUGCGCCAUCACCAUGCAGAACAUUGGAGCCAUGUCAAGCUACCUCUACAUCAUCAAAUACGAGCUGCCCAUCGUCAUCCAGGCUUUUACGGGAGCUAACAACGAUGAGUGGUACAUCAACGGAGACUACCUGGUGCUGCUGGUUUCACUCAGUAUCAUCCUGCCCCUCUCGCUGCUCAGGAACCUGGGUUACCUCGGCUACACCAGCGGCCUGUCCCUCCUCUGCAUGGUGUUCUUCUUGAUUGUGGUGAUCAUCAAGAAGUACCAGAUCCCGUGCCCUCUGCCAAUUCCCGACUCUUUGAAUAAAACCAUGCAGAUGUUGAACGGCACCUCCCACACCGUCAACUCCACUGAGGACGAGGACACCUGCACACCAAAAUACGUCGUCAUCAACUCACAGACGGUCUACGCUCUGCCCAUCCUGAUCUUUGCCUUCGUGUGCCACCCGACCAUCCUGCCCAUGUACGAGGAGCUCAAAGAUCGUUCUCGCAAAAAGAUGCAGAGCGUUGCCAACUUGUCCUUUCUGGCCAUGUUCAUCAUGUACCUGCUGGCUGCGCUCUUUGGAUACCUCACCUUCAACAUACACGUGGAAGCUGAGCUGCUGCACACAUAUUCCAAAAUCUACAAGAAAGAUGUUCUUCUGCUGGUGGUCCGUCUGGCUGUGCUGGCUGCCGUCACGCUCACCGUUCCUGUUGUGCUCUUCCCUAUUCGUACCUCGGUCAGCCACCUCCUGUGCCCCAAGAAAGACUUCAGCUGGAUCCGCCACAUCAUCAUCACCGUGGUGCUGCUGGGUAGCACCAACCUCCUGGUCAUCUUCGUCCCCACCAUCAAGGACAUCUUUUGCUUCUUUGGCGCCUCCGCUGCCUCGAUGCUGAUCUUCAUCCUGCCCUCGGCUUUCUACAUCAAACUGGUCAAGAAGGAGCCAAUAAACUCUCCGCAAAAGAUUGGGGCCGUUUUGUUUCUGGCAUGUGGAAUCGUGGUCAUGGUUUGCAGCAUGAGCCUCAUCAUCGCCGACUGGGUCGUGAACAGCGCCAAAGACAACGGACACUAGAACCACGGCUUAACCAAAGUUCUCGGAGUUGGACUGUAACAAAUGCACGAUCAAGAUGAAAACCAGUCACGAACGAAGAAAACCAUUAAAAAAAACUCGCUCUAUGCUCAGUUGUGAUCUUCUGAGCAACAGUCCGUACCAUUCCUAGAGAACAUCUUAGAACGUGUACAGUAUGCUGUCGUAGACCACGAAGAUGGUGUUUUUUCUUUUCUCUCUUUUCAUCAUAACUUUUGACAAAUGUUUUCGUCUUUAUGUAGUUUAGGGUGCAGCUGAAAACGAAUGCAGAAACGUGCCUCGUAGCGGUGGAGUUAAGAACACGGCGUACUCUCGGGUGCGCCGGUGUUUGUGUGGCGGUAACCUCCGAGCUCAGCGUCAGCAUCCUGCUGAGAGAAGGGCGGAAAACUCCCGGAGACUGACCGGAGGCUACGUGACUUGAAUAUUUAUCCCACGGUUAUUUUUAAAAUCUUUUUUUUGUUUUUUUUUUUUACUUUGCCAAAAAUGUAUUUGUACAGCGUUUUAGAAUGUUGAAGAGCACCAGAGGUUCAGCACACGUCAGCGGCGUGCCCUAAAACGUUGCUUUUUCAGUGUUUCGACUAAAGCUUUGUGACGUCGUCGUCGUUGUCGGCUCGUGUGUCCGUUAACAACCCGACUGUGAGAACCGCUGUUGCACAAUAAGAGCACGACUUACACUGUACUUUAUAGCUUUUUAAAUAUCUUGGAGCAACGUGCACAGCAACACUACAGCUUUGAGGAGGCCGCCGAUUUCACAAAACAACCGGAAAUCCACCGAUUUCCGGUUUUUCCACCUCUCCACUCCAGAGCGGAGAGCAGGAACACGAACAAUUUUUUUUUUUUCUUUUUGGGAGAAUACGUCAAAUUUGACCACGUGCAGUGGUUGUAAUAUUUACCUGUUACAAAAACCCAACGGUUAUCUGAAGUCCAGCUCUUCACUUUGCCAGACGAACAGAAGAGCGUGGACUUUUCGUGUUUUUUUUUUUUUUUUUUUAAACGUUUCACGUGAAGAACGCGGGAGCUCGGCGAGAACUCGCUUCCCGCCUCGAGACGACGCACGGUGUCCCCGACACGAACGCGUCGUCAAACUGUCUUCUAUUUAUGGGAGAACGUAAAAUCAGUGUAAUUAUUUUAUUUAUGUACUAUUGUGUAUAUUUAUGUGUGUAUGUGUAUAUAUAAUCUAUUGCGUUCAAAUGUAAAUAUUGUUUGGUUACUUAUUUUUUUUUUUAACCAAGAAAACAUUGGCGAUGUAUAACCAAAAAAAUUCUAAUUUUUUUUUUUUAAAGCUCCUAAAUACAAAGAUGAUGGAUCAAAUAGUUCUUUUUGGCACAGCACGGUUGAGAGGACUAAACCUCUCCUGACCUCAGGAGCAAAAAGGGCUUUGCCCGUCAGUAUUAAAGUCUUGUUUCAGUGAAACACGUGU